UCUCUCUCUCUCUCUCUCUCUCUCUCUCUCUCUCUUUUUUCUCCGUCCUUUUUUAAUACUUUCCAUACGAUAACGUGCUACGAUUCUAACGUCAGUCUUGUUGUAUGUUGAUAAAAGACUGAAAUAUCAAGAGUCAGUUAAUUAAAUCUUAACAUACAGGUCGAAAUUAUUAAGAAGACGCGCACAGAAGUAGCCGGAGUUUAUCGUUUGCUCAAGAUUUGUUUGCAGAUUUUUUCGAAUAACAACAAUUUAUAAGAUGGGUCUGGGCAAUAAGAAACGUGUCGUGUGCCCAUCGUGUAUCAUCGAAUCCGUUGCAUUUCGCAAUCUUAAACUUUCGGUGGGCGUGUUUCUCGUUUCGAGGAUGAACAACGACAAAAGGGAAUAAGAGAAGAAAGGGGACAAUCCUUGUUGUGAAUGUCUGAGGAGAAUCCAGAGAUGCGGCAAAUGGCAGCGCGUAUAUGUCGCGAUUAUCUUCAUGGAGUUUGGAAGCAUGUUACCGCGGAGAACAUCACGUUGAAACGUGUCAGCGGCGGGUUAAGCAAUUGGUUGUACAAUGUCCAGUUACCGGAUGAAACUGUUCCGAUACGCGGUGAGCCGCGGCAAGUUUUGUUACGAUUGUACGGUCAGAUACACGGAGAACGAGCUUUGGAAGGGCUGAUCACCGAAUCGGUCAUCUUCACGCUAUUGUCGGAAAGACGACUUGGACCCAAGUUACACGGUAUAUUUCCUGGCGGUCGUAUAGAAGAAUAUAUACCUGCGAGACCGUUGCUUACCAAAGAAUUAGCCGAUCCGACUUUAAGUUCCAUGAUUGCCGAAAAAAUGGCUCAGAUUCAUAACAUGCAGGUCCCGAUAAGCAAAGAACCAACGUGGCUUUGGGACACUAUGGCUAAAUGGUUGGAUACGACCACGGAUAUUUUGGAACAUAUCAAAGAUAUAGAUGUUCGACAUUUGAAGAACGUGAACGCGAUACGAGCAAUCGAUCUGGAUCACGAGAUUAAAUGGUUCAAAUCGCUUGCGACGCAACACAAAUAUCCGGUUGUUUUUUGUCACAAUGAUAUGCAGGAGGGUAAUAUAUUGCUGCGUCAAAACACGCGAAAACCCGAACUGGUUCUUAUCGACUUUGAAUAUUGCUCUUAUAAUUAUCGAGCAUUCGACAUAGCGAAUCAUUUUGUGGAAUGGCAAUACGAUUAUACGGCAACGGAAUAUCCUUUCUUUCAUGAACGUGCUGGAUCUGGUCCUACGACAGAGCAAAAGCUCAACUUUAUAAGAAGUUACUUGAGAACGGUCGGCAAAGAAGGACCAUCGGAAGAAGAUCGAAUUAUAAUGGAAAUCAAGAUAUUCUCGUUGGCUAGUCACUUAUUUUGGGGUCUAUGGAGUAUCGUAAACGCCAAAUUAUCAGAAAUUCCAUUUGGAUAUUGGGAUUACGCAGUUUCUAGAUUAAAAAAUUACCAAUGUUUAAAAGAGAAAAUCAUAGUUUCUGGAUCGCCAACGAUAAAUGAUAACGACGAUACUACCAAAAAAAUCACAGUAACAGAUUGAACGAAGCGAGUGCAUGAUUAUUACAGUGCACAGUCUUCUUUUUGCAGUGUGAUAACAAAUCAAAAUUUUGACUGCCACAUUUUCAUGCGCUCGUAAUUACUUUGUCAGUGUCCCGACUUGCUGUUCUUUCGUGGCCUAUGUUUGCAAUUUCUAUUAAAAACAAAGAAACAAAAGAAAAAGAAAUGAAACAAAA